UUGCAUAAAAAGCCAUUACCUCUCCCAAAAGAUUUCCCAUCAUAUGACUCAUCAAACUAUUUUAAAUUUGAAGUAAUCCAUCAAUCUAAAAAAUCAAAUGCAAGAGUAACAAGAAUAACAACACCUAAUGGAAUUAUAAACCAACCAAAUUUUGUGCCAGUGGGUACUAUAGGUUCAAUUAAAUUUUUAGAUCCAGUUCACACCAAAGAAACCAAAUCACAACUCAUGUUUGUAAAUACAUAUCAUAUGGUAGUCAACUCAAAUCCAGAUUUAAUAGAAAAGGCAGGUGGACUACACAAAUUUAUAAACUAUCAAAACCCAAUUAUAACAGAUAGUGGUGGUUUUCAAGUAUUUUCGAUGGGUCACCCAGAAUUAAAUAAUAACAAUAAUUUAGAUCUUACAAACGAAGUAGAUGCUGAAAUUGAUGUAAACAAUAGUAAAAUAACAAAUCAAGCGGAGAUUACAAAAAGAGAAUUAAAAGGUAUGUCUGGUAAAAAGUAUCCAGGAUCAAUUAUAUCGAUUACAGACGAAGGUGUAACUUUUAGGUCAUAUAAAAAUGGUAAUAAAAUUUCUUUGGGUCCUGUCUCUUCGGUACAAUAUCAGAAGAAACUUGGUGCCGAUAUUAUUAUACCAUUUGAUGAAUUACCACCAUAUCACAUGGACGAACAAAAAAUUUUAGAAUCACUUCAGAGAACACAUCAUUGGGAGGCAAUUUCCUUAUUAGAGCAUAUUAAAGAUCCAAGAAAGCAAGCAAUGUAUUGUGUUACACAUGGUGGUGUAAACGUUGAAAUGAGAAAGCAAUCAAUCAAUUAUUUAACCUCACUUCCAUUUGAUGGUGUAGCUAUUGGAGGAAGUAUUGGUAAAGAUCGUCAAGAAAUGAAGCAACUUUUAUCAUCAAUUAUGCCCUUUGUUCCAAAAGAUAAACCAAAUCAUUUAUUAGGUAUUGGCGAUUUAGAAUCAAUAGACUCAUUGAUUCCAUUAGGUAUUGACAGCUUUGAUUCAUCAUAUCCCACCAGAUUAGCAAGACACGGUAAUAUUUUAUUAACAGAUGGAACUUCUUUUGCAAUUAAAAGAGAUGAAAAUCAAUAUAAAUUGGACCAACCAUUAGAAAAAGGUUGUGAUUGUCACACAUGUAAAAAUUAUUCAAUGGCUUAUAUUUUCCAUCUUUUUAAAUCAAACGAACAAAUUUAUUUCACUCUAUCCUCUCAACAUAAUUUAAGAGUGAUGAACAAGAUCAUGGAAAACUAUAGAAAUAAAAUAUUGGCAGACGAAAUUUAA